AUGUCAUUGAGCAGUCAAGGUGAUUCGGGAAUCAUUAAGAAAUCAUCGAAAUCUCUGCGAACUGACAAACAAUCAUUCGAUGAAUCGCUUUAUCCACCAUUCGUCAAACAGCUCGACGCUAAACUACCGGAUUAUAGUAGAGAGGGGGAUAUUGAAUAUCCAUUUGAAGAGACUGGAGGCAUCGGUGAUGAGAAUCGAGUUCGCGGCAAUUGGACAACUAAAGCCGAUUAUCUCCUUUCCGUCGUUGGAUUCGUGUUCGGCUUAGGCAAUGUUUGGCGUUUCCCAUUUCUCGUCUUCACUUACGGUGGCCUCGCUUUCCUCGUGCCGUAUUUUGUCGCUUUAACGAUAGCUGCAAUGCCGAUGAUGUUCAUGGAGACGGUUCUCGGACAAUUCUCGAGUCUUUCCGCAACGGCUGUGUGGAAAGUUGUGCCACUAUUUAAAGGCGUUGGUUUGACGAUGAUUUUCGUGUGUGUCCUGAUCGCGAUCUAUUUGAAUAUCGUCUCCGCGUGGAGUCUUUUUUAUCUCUUUAAUUCGAUCAGUUUUUCGAUUCCCUGGAGUAAUUGUGCGAAUUCGUGGAGUGGCCUCAAUUGCACAUAUGGAUCUCGUUCGGUGUGCAUUGAAUUGAACGGAACAAUUCUCGUCAAUGGCACCUGUUUGCUUAAUAUCGAUAACGAGACUCGAACAAUAAUGGUGAAAGAUGGGAAUGAGAUUCCAAGUCUAAAAUAUUUUCAUGAGGAAGUGUUGAUGCUUUCGAAUGGUUUCGAUUCGUUUGGCACGUUAAAUUGGUACCUCGGCAUUUGCGUGUUAAUCUCAUGGAUCUGCGUUUUUCUUUGUCUCUUUCAAGGAGUGAAAUCGAGUGGAAAAGUUGUUUACAUUUUUGUUUUACUUCCCUAUAUCAUUAUGUGCGUUCUCUUUGCUCGACUGCUCACUUUGGCCGGUAGUCUGGAGGCGGUGUGGCAUUUUUUGCGACCUGAUUGGUCGAUUCUCACUCAAUUACCCGUCUGGGGCGAGGCGGCGGUGCAAGUGUUUUACUCGGUUAGCUGUUGCACAGGAGGAUUGAUAACACUGAGCAGUUACAAUCGAUUCCACAACAAUUUAUUCAAGGACAUCUGGAUUAUUGUUUUUGUCGAUCUCUUCUCGUCCCUUUGUGCUUGUGUACUCACGUUUUCCGCUCUCGGCUUUACGUGCUAUCAGUUCUCGAUUAAAUUGGAUCAGAUUCAAAUAGCUGAUGGUGCCCAUUUGGUGUUCGUUUUUCUGGCUGAAGCAUUGGCUGGUGUCCCCGUUGCUCCACUCUAUUGCGGGCUCUUCUUCUUAAUGAUGUGCCUUGUCAUUCUGAGCACUCAGUUAUUUGUCGUCGAAACAAUUGUGACCUCGAUUUGUGAUGAGUUUCCCGAGAGAUUGCGAAGGAAUCGGCGACACGUUUUAACAACAACAUGUGCUUGUUUCAUCUUGCUCAGUAUCCCAUUUUGCACAUCGCCUGGGAUGUAUUGGCUAGUGUUGAUCGAUCAUUUUGUUAUCACAUGGCCGCUUGUUGUUAUUGCUUUUCUCGAAUGUAUGGCCAUUUCAUGGAUUUACGGAAUCGAUAAUCUUCUUGAUAAUAUAAAGUGGAUCACCAAUUUCUACCCGCCAUUUUAUAUGUUCUGGAAAAUCCUUUGGAAAUUCGUUUGUCCAAUGGUCUAUUUGUGCAUUCUUUGCUUUGUAUGGCUUGAAUGGAGGCCAUUACGAUAUGGAUCUUACGAAUUUCCCUAUUGGACGUUACUACUUGGAUGGGGUAUCUCAAUACUUCCCGUUACAGCAAUUCCAAUCACAGCUUGUGUCCAAUUGUGCACAGUGAAAGGAUCACUUGUACAAAAAUGGAGAGCCGUGCUCAACCCACACGACUCAUGGGGACCGGCUCUCGCUGUGCAUCGGGCUGAACAGUUCCCUCUUCAAAUCCCAGAAGCUCGCCGACUUUUGCUUCCACCCGAAUUGGAAGUAAACGCAAAAGUUUAUGAGAAACAAGAAGAAUCGCCACAAUCACGGAGAGACUCAAGAGCUCCUCAAAUCCCUCGUUCACAGGCUCCAAGCACUCGUUCAAUUGCCGCUACUCGCAACAGUUUGCCAAGCUUUGAAAGAGAAACUGCCAUC